CCGGCUUCUUGCAAUUAUCACCAUUUCAACCUACUCGAUUUCUUCGGUGCCUCCUUCAUUCUCCCAAUAUUACUAGUGUCUAGUACUUUUCCACACCCCGAUCAAUCACCAUGCCUCGUUCCAAGCGUGCCCGCGUCGUGCACGAGUCCAAGACCGUCAAGAAGUCCCACAAGGAACAGACCCGUCGCCUGUACGCCAACAUCCGGGAAUGCAUUGAGAAAUACGACCACCUGUUCGUCUUCGGCGUCGACAACAUGCGCAACACCUAUCUGAAGGAUGUCCGUACCGAGUUCGCCGAUAGCCGUCUCUUCUUCGGCAAAACCAAAGUCAUGGCCGUCGCUCUAGGCCACAACCCGGAGAACGAAGCCGCGCCCAACCUCCACAAACUCAGCCCCUACCUCACCGGCGCCGUCGGCCUUCUUUUCACCUCCCGCGACCCCCAAUCCGUGACCGACUACUUCGACAACUUCAGGCCGCUUGACUUCGCCCGCUCCGGAACCGUCAGUACCCGGGCCUUCUCGAUCCCCAACGGUCAGGUGUAUUCGCGGGCUGGAGAGAUCCCCGCCUCCGAGGACGAGCCGCUCAGCCACACUAUUGAGCCGGAGUUGCGGAAACUUGGUGUUCCGACUCGGUUGGUCAAGGGCAAGGUUAUGUUAGAGUUGACGGAGGGCCAGGAGGGAUUCCCCAUUUGCAGGGAGGGAGAGGUGCUCGAUUCGAGGCAGACGACGCUGUUGAAGAUGUUUGGAGUUGUUAUGGCUGAGUUCCAUGUUGCGUUGAAGGCUCAUUGGACGAGGGAGUCUGGGGAGGUGGAGAUUCUGGAGAAGGAUGAGGCUGGUAUGGAGGUUGAGUAAGUUUGUUUAGGUCGGUUGAUGAUGCUUUGAGAAAAAGUUUCGAUUCGGUUUCUUUUUUUAGAGUCGGGGUCCUGCUGGUGGUGGUGGUGGUGUUGCCUUGGUGUUGGGUCAUGGUAGGUUUUUCCUUUCAACUUCUGAAGGAAAAGCUAUCCAUCUAUAUGUGGACUUGUAAAAUGUCCAGCCGGCCUGACACGAUGAACAACUCCCACAACCACCACCACCACCACUCCCCACGCCCCUUUGAUGAUGAGAUCCCCUGGGCAUCUUUGGAGUUGGGUUUAGGCGUUUUCUUUCAAUGAUUGAUUGUCGAUUUUUCGACUCGUAUGUGUGUUUCGUGUCUGAUUCGGUAUAUACUAUUCUGCUUCCGUUGAUGAGCGUAUGACGGACAUACCGAUAUGAAAUAAACCAAUCCGAACAGUUCAGUU